GCUGAGGCUGGCUUUGAAUUUCAGUCCUCCUGCCUCAGACUCCUGAGCUGCUGAGAUUACAGGAACGUGCCACUGCCCCUGGCUGUGCCUUGGGGUUUUAGAAACUCCCCAGGAGAUUCUUAUAUGCAGCAUAGCUUGAGAAUUACUUCCCUGAAGUUGUCUUGUGUUGAGCAACUUCCGGAUGGGCUUAGUUGACAGAGUGUUGGCCUGCUUUGAGUUAUUGUUUUGCCACCAAGAACCUUCCUGGUUAUCUCUGUAUCUAGUUUUUAAAAAUUUUUCAUAAGACAGAAAAACAUCAAAACUCUCUCAGUGCUCCUACAAGGAAGGAAGACAUCACUGGGACUUUGGAGCAAUCAGGCUCUUCAAGAACAUGUCUUUAUUAUUUUCAUUUGGUUUAUGGCACAGGGUUCCUUUGCAGCCUGGGGAAGGGGUGGCAGAAGGUCAAGUGGGGCAAGAGCUCCCCAAAAUGCUCCUCUAGGCACUGUCUCUAGAUAUAGUUUUUGAGGAUUAAUUCUAUCAGGUCGCCUGGGGUGCCCAUUAGCAAUGUAGCUUCCUGCUCCCCAUGAGAGCUGCACUGUCCCCAAACCCAUCGUGUGGGACAGUGGUGUUCACGUGGUAGACAAAUUCCCCGGGUAGCUCUUAUGCAUCCUGAGGUUUCAGAACCAGAGCCCUGGUGCAGAAUGUGGUCAUCAUCAAGUGGGUUCUGUUUCUCUGAAGGAAGUCUGUUCACAGCUCACUCGCACCUGCCUCUGUCACAUGCUAUCUUGUGACGCCCCACUUGCACCAUCCUCUGCUUCUGCCACAUGUCAACGUUCAGUCACCAGUUCCAGCCGGUCCCGGUGAUGGAGAGCAAAAGUGCAUGCUACUGAGACAUAGGAAGGCUCUAAGGACAAAGCAGGAAGGAGGCAAGACUAGAAAUGAGCCCCAUCAGACCCUGCUGAGGGAUGGCAAGACACGGGAGGGGGCUUUGGGAGUUUGAAAUGAAAGAGAAAUCUUCAAAGGUAUUAGAGCCCUUGUUAGGAAGUCAGGAAAUCACCUUCCCCUGGAGAGUCACCUCAGGAACCAAUUAGAGGUACCAUGCUGGGGCGGUGAAUAUAAGAAGUGCCACCAGCAGGGGUGAGGGCUGGAGAGGAAGCAGGGGGAGAAAGGCUGGUCUCCUAGCUCUGCUAACUUGGUAUCGGUCUGCAAAACCUCCCAGGAAAUGCUAGUGUCAGAGAGGUAUUGCUUUGUCAAGGGUGAGAAGAGAGAUUCCACGAAGUGAGAACAGGGGAUAGAGGUACUAGAAAUGACCCAUGCCAAUCAGGUUGCUGUGACUGUGGACACAGGCUGCACCAUUGCUUACUGAAAGGGAACACAGGCAAGGUAAUUAAGCCCAGGGAGGAAAUGUGACUUGCCCAGGGUUUCACACUUGAUGUGGAUGAACCAGAACCCAAGUGUCCUCUGGAUUCCCAGGUUACAGGCAGAGGAAACAGCAAACAGAGGAUGAAGACACCUGCAAAGUGGAAUUUGGGUAAGGACAGUUCAAGCCCAGCUGAUGGCCUGCAGGGCCAACUUCUUGUCUUUGUUACUAUCCUUUUCCGGUGAGCUCAGCAUUGGCCUGACUGCUGGUGCCCAAGCUAUUCAAACAUGACCAAGGUGCUCCUGACAGCCUUGUGCUAGAACUCCAUCAAGGACCUCCAAAUCUAUUAACCCAGACUCCUGUCCAGUAGCACUCUGACAACAUCAGACUGCAAAAGCAUUUCUGCUUCCUCCUGAUUUCAAAUUUGUAUGCUGUUUAUUAUCAAGUUUCUUCCUUUAUUAGAGUCUUUGGGAAUAACUGAAAAUUGCGUCUGGAGCUUUUUUAGGUGCCUAAAGGAGCUUAUGUUUGCUGUUGUUUCCAGGGUUAAUGCUAGUGUGUGUAUAUAUUUAUAUAAAGCCUCAGUAAACCAGCCAGCUCUAAUGAGGAUAACAGCUGUUUGUUAAACAUUCAUGUUUGUAAACUGAGAAUAGAUUUAUUCCUAUAAGCAGAGCCCGUUGCUGAUUGCUAAUGAGUGUUUUUUUGGUUUGUGCUCUUUUGUUCAUAGAAUAUUAAUUUUCCUUCCUUAAAGUUUUCACUUGAAAUUGCAAAUAGCCCACAUAUAUCCGUAGAAUGCUUUUCACUUUUCAAUGUGCAUUUACAUCUGUUUUAAUUUAUGCAUUAGCUCCUAAGCAGGGCAGAUACUACGAUCACCUUUUGGCAGAGGAAGAAAUUGAGGUCGAGAGAGGUUAAGUGCCUUGGUCACAUCAAACAGCUAAUUGGAAAGCGAGUUGCAAAUACAAGAUCUGACUUGUAACCUAGAGAAUCACUUGCUUUCCAUUCCUACUAUAAUAGAACCAUUCAUCACUUGUUAUAUUACCGCGAAUUCCAAACUUGCUCCUAUCACCCUGAGAUGGCAAAGCGUGCUGAAGUCAAAUGACGACAUGUCAGACACUCAAUUUAAGCUUUAUUACUUGAAAUGACUUGAACUUCUCUGGAGGGGUCUCCUCCUCUGGCUCCUGGUGAAGCGCCAAGUGGAUGGCUGAGGUGAAUCACACCUUGGUGACUGAGUUCUUCCUCGUGGCCUUCACUGAGCACCCCGAGUGGGGGCUUCCCCUCUCCCUGGUGUUUUUGAGCUUCUAUCUCACCACUCUGCUGGGGAACGCUGGGCUGAUCCUCCUGAUCCGCAAAGACCGCCGACUCCACACUCCCAUGUACUUCUUCCUCAGUCACCUGGCCUUCGUGGACAUCUGCUACUCCUCUGUCAUCGUCCCUCAGAUGCUGGCCGUGCUGUGGGAACACGGCCUGGCCAUCUCCCAAGCUCGCUGUGCCGCUCAGUUCUUCCUCUUCACCUUCUUUGCUUCCAUUGACUGCUACCUCCUGGCCAUCAUGGCCUACGACCGCUACGUGGCCGUGUGCCAGCCGCUGCUCUACGUCACCAUCAUGACCGAGAAGGCCCGCGUGGGCUUGGUCGCCGGGGCUUAUGUGGCCGGUUUUGCCAGUGGCUUCAUUCGCACGGUGACAGCCUUCACUCUCUCCUUCUGCGGGAACAAUGAGAUUGACUUCAUUUUCUGUGACCUCCCUCCUCUGCUGAAACUCACUUGUGGGGACAGCUACACCCAGGAGGUGGUGAUUGUCGCGUUCGCCGUUUUCGUGAUGCCUGCCUGCAUCCUGGUCAUCUUGGUGUCCUACCUGUUUAUCAUCGUGGCCGUCCUGAGGAUGCGCUCGGCCGGAGGCCGGGCCAAGACCUUCUCCACCUGCACCUCCCACCUCACUGCUGUGGCUCUCUUCUUUGGAACCCUCAUCUUCAUGUAUCUGCGGGAUAAUUCAGGCCAGUCCUCGGAGGGCGACAGGGUGGUGUCUGUGCUCUACACGGUGGUCACUCCAAUGCUGAACCCCCUCAUCUAUAGCCUGAGGAAUAAGGAGGUCAAGGAGGCAGUUAUGAAAUUCUUGAGCAGAUCAAAGGUUUCCAGAAGGCCCUAGCCAGACCCCUGUGAAAUAUGUCAUUUCUCAAAUGUCACCUUCUCAGGUGACAUUCCUUCUUCCUGCACUAUUCUAGUAAAAACUGCACCUCAUUACACUCUGACUUAUUAUUCUAUGUAAUGUUUGUCAUAACUGGACAUACUAGAUGUUUUAUGUGCUUGAGAUUGUCUGAUACUCACUACUGGAAAGGAAUUGACAUGAGACACACGUGUUUUCAUACCCAGGGCUUAGCAAAGAGUGGAGCACAUAAAAAGCCCUCAAUAAAUAGUUGUUGAAUGAAUGAAGCUUCAGUGUCUACCUUCGAAUUCCAUCUUCGUCAGUCCUUAGUUUCUUAUCUGCCCCAUGGGUUUACUUACUUAAAUAAAUCUUUUUGUUUUUUUUUGAGCAUCUUAUGUACGAAUGGGUAGGGACCAUGUUUGUCUUUAUUCACUAAUAUCUGCUGGCCCCAGUGCAUUCCCUGGGACAGAAGUACAUGAUGAAUUGGGAAAAAAUAUUUGGAAAAAUCAUGAAGCUGUCUACAAAGGAAACUUCUGUUUUGUUCAAAGGGAUUUUCCAAAUCCCAUCAUUUCUUCUCCUUUUGUUUUCCUUCUUUCUCUGUGGCUUGAAAUGAUAAUAAUAAAGACUGUAAUAAUAUUAAUAUAUAGCAACUAACAUUUAUUCGAUAUUACCUUCCAGAAAUAAUAGGAGAUUUGCUACAGGAAUUACCUUAUUUAAUUUGUAAGAUAUCCUUAUAAGGCACACUCUCUUAUUAUUCCUGCUUUACAGGUGGACGAAGCACUUAAGCUUAGAGAGGUUGAGCUGUUUUCCCAAGGUCAGCAAGCAAAUGGUAGAGUGCCACUUCCACCCAGCCAGAGUCCAAGCUCUUAAUUGCCAUACCUCCUGUCUCUAGCUGUGAUCUACUGCCUGCUCUA